GGAACGGUGGUUUGUAGCUGAAACCUGCGUUUAGUCAUUGUAUUAAAGACUUAAGAACUGACCUGAGAUCAGCAUAAAAGCGCAUCUGCGAGCAGACGGCGUGACUCACGGCCCAGCGUCCACUUGCAAUAAUAUGAACAUUAUUAUGUUAGCAUUAUUAUAUUAGCGUUAACGCUAAGUCGUUCACUAGCCAGUUUAUCUGGAAGAAGUCCGGAGUCUGAGCUAGUUUAAGAGUUUCUCAGAAUUGUAAGCUUGACCAGACAUGGCUGUUGGGUGCAGCUUUCUUGGCUGGUGAGAGAAAGUGGGUGUGGCCUGGUGUGAGUGACAGGUCAUGGCCAGUCAGUGCAGCAGCAUGGACUCGAGAGCCACAGCAAGGGGUGUGGGGUCCAUCAACUCCACCCCUGUAUCUGCCCGAAUCGAUUCCUAUGAAGGUGUGGAAAAGAAGUGCAUCUCUGACCUCCGAAGGACCUUCUGUCUGUUUGUGACCUUCGACCUUCUCUUCAUCACUCUGCUCUGGAUCAUUGAGUUAAAUGUCAAUGGAGGAAUAGAGGAACAGCUGAAAAAGGAGAUUUUACAAUAUGACUACCACAACUCCUUUUUUGACAUUUUUUUAUUGGCUGUGUUCCGAUUUGCAGCCUUGAUCCUGGCCUAUGCAGUAUGUAGACUGCGCCACUGGUGGGCCAUUGCGAUAACAACGGCAAUCACCAGUGGUUUCUUAAUUGCAAAAGUUAUUAUAUCAAAGCUGCUGUCUCAGGGGGCAUUCGGUUACCUGCUACCCAUCACCUCAUUUAUACUGGUGUGGCUAGAGACGUGGCUCCUAGACUUCAAAGUUCUGCCACAGGAAGCCAUUGCCGAAAACAGGUAUCUAACAAUACAGAGUGUCUCAGACAGAGCUCCUCUCUUGCUGCCAGGCCCUCUCUCAGACGGACAGUUUUACUCACCACCGGAGUCUGUCGCAGAUUCUGAAGAAGAUCUUGAUGACAAGCAUGACCUUGAGAAACCCAUCGUCUAGCAGGUGUUCCAAGGUGCACAUAUAUUGGAAUAUCCAAUAUAGCUUUAUGUAAAGGGUUUGUGUGAGUGUCUCUGGGUUGCUCAGGAGUAAUCAGUACUGUGCCAGCACUAAGGUCUUGGCGUGUGUGACCCUGCCUUGAGCUGCAUUUUAGUUUGUGAUUCAUCAUCCAAAUGAUUUUGAAAGCCACUCUAGUUCCACCAGUGCCAACAUUAUGUUCAUCAGCCUGAUUCUUAUUCUCACUCCAGGACCUUCAGCUGUAAUCCAGGUGCAUAAAACAAACCAAUCGGAAUCAUGUUCCGCUAUUUUAAUAUUGUAUUAAUACUAUACCAGACACAAAGUUGUUUUUUGAUUUGCUCAUGAACAAGUAUCAAGGUUAAAAAUGAACGACUGUUCACUUUGGCUUUUCGACAUGUGCUGCACUUUGAUAUUUGAUAUUGUUUAUGGCUUCACAGUAGCAAAUGGCUCCAAUAGGUGUCUUGCGUAACAAGGGCCGCUGAUGCUUUUUCUGUCUGUAUUAUAUUUAGAUCAGUCAUAAAUCCAAAACAUGUAGAUGCCCGUUCAUUUGAGUUACAGUUGCACAACCACAGAUUAUUCACGUUUAUUUACAUGAUUCUUUAUACCGUUUUAUUCAAUCAACAUUUUAACAUGUUUGCUCUCAGUCCUUGUAUAUAAAAUGGAUAAAAUAGACCUUCACAUAUGAUGGGCAGUUAUGUUUUACUUGUAACAUGAUUGGGACCGUUUGCUUACCCGCAGUAUAACAUGCAUCAUAAAGGGCUCACUUGAUCCUGCAUGAUCAUAAACUGUUUACUACACUUGUGUAGAACGCUCAUUUGUUCACAGUAAUAUAUGCAUGUUGUCUGUCAGUAGACAUUAGCGUAUACCAUGUGUGCUUUCAUUCACGAGAGACUUUUUACUUGUUUGAUUUUUGAGUUAAUACUUUAGGCAAGGGUAUGUGGGGUGGGGGUGUUGUGUCUCAGCCUUUGAGAUUUGAAAAAUCAUUUUUUGUCAUUCAAUUUUAUUUCAUGGUAAAUGUAAAAUCAUUUGUUUUAAUUAAAGUUUCUGUUUUAUUUCA